AUGACCUCUUCGUUGCGUCUAUCGGUACCGCUACGUGUAUGGAUUUUCGUCUUGUUGUUGGCAGUGCCGGCAUCGAGUGCUUGGAAUGCUGGAUCUCUCGUAAAGACACGGAUAGUAGAGCCCAUUUCCGUUGGGUAUGCUCGACGAAUCAAGGCAGAUCCGUCCUUCCUUUCCAAAUCUAUAGCCGAGGUAUUCCUGGCAGCUGGGACACAGUUAUCAGCUGAAUGGACUCGUCGUGGUACCGCCAGAAUGGUUCCCGAAAUUGACUUUGUAGUCUCAGGUGUGCUGACAGCAGUCGCAGGCAAAUACUACACAAUGUGGCGUGUAGCUCCCACAUUGGAUGAUGGCAGUGCUGCAUCCGCAACUAACAAAGAGAAAAAAGAUCAACCAGAUAAUCAAACUCGUCUGGGGAAUAUGAUUGUUCCUACAAAUGCGUUUCAAAAGACUCUGUCUGAUGGUGUGACACGGCCACGUAUCCAACAAAGAUUGGGCUCCUUUAUUGCCCCCAUGCUACCCCUGUUUCGAGCCGGUAUCAUUGCCGGUACAAUCGGAUAUGGCGUUACUGCCAUUAUGAUUAGCUUGAGGACGAUCUACUUGCCCAACUAUGUUCCUGCCACUCAGAAUAUGAACGUAUUACAUGCCUGCUUGUUCACGGGAGGAUUCAUGGCCAUUGUCAGCAACGUGCGAUACCAAGUGCUGCAGGGGAUUGUGGAACCCUCCAUUGAUCGAUUGUUCCGAAACAUACCGUCACUCCGAGGUAUCCUGAUUCUUGCCUGUCGGUGGGCCAACGGAUUAUUAGGAUCCAUUUUAGCCAUCAGUGGCAUGAGAGCAUUGGGCUUGCAGCGGUUAAAAUAA